AAAUGCCUCAAAUAUUUUUAUAUAAAGCAACACACUCUUAUUUCGAUUGAAGGUAACAUAGGAUCAGGGAAAAGUACACUUCUCAAGUUGAUGUAGCAGAAAUACCCUUAAGUAAGAUAUUCCAACAUAAACUAAGAUGCAUUACUUACCAGAACCAGUUAAUGAAUGGCAACAAAUAAAUGGAAAUCCUAAACUUAAUUUGCUUGGAUCUUUUUAUCAGGAUCCUAAUCGAUGGGCAUACACUAUGCAAAAUUAUGCUUUCUACAGUAGAUUGAAGCAUUGGAAAACUGUUAUGGCUAAUCUGAAUCAAUCAAUUAUUUUAAGUGAAAGGAGCAUUUAAGCAGAUAAAGAGAUCUUUGCAAAAAAUGGUUAUAUCAAUGGAUUAAUGAAUGAAAUGGAAUUUGCAAUUUAUGAAUAAUUUUAUAAUUGGUUGGUUUAAGAAGUUUUUGGAAAAUAGAUAGCUAAAUAAUUGAUUGUCUAUCUGUAAGUGAAUCCUAAUGUUUGUUUAGAGAGAAUGCUCAAAAGAUCGAGAGAUGAAGAAAAAGUAUUAAAAAUAUUCUAUAUUAGAAUUCAAUUUCCAAAGAUUAUUUGGUAUAAAUUCAUCAAAGACAUGAGGAAUGGCUAAUAAAUGCAAAAGAUUAGAAUUAGAAAGUUCUGAUUCUCAAUGGUGAUAAAGAAUUUGAAGGUGAUCUCAAAUAACAGCAAAUAAUGUUUGAAUAAAUAAAUCAAUUCUUUUCUGGAUUAGUCUGA